UCUUUCUGAGCGUUAGCCAGCGAUCUUGCUUCUUGGGUCCAAUUCAGCGCAUGGAUACAGAGAGAGAGUUUCUUCCUCCCCGAAUGACCUCGGGGAUUCUCUUAAUAUGAGAAGGGACAGAUACCCAGUGCUUGGAGCACCAGUGAUGGCUGCUCAUGCCUCUGGUCCCAUCGCAUAUGGGAUUUAUACCUACCAACUAUCCAUGGACUGGCGUGACACACCAGGUCCGUCGGGUCACGACGUUCAUUUCACAGACACACCCCACACCCUGUGUAUAUUGGGUUUUUCUUUCAUUGUUUAUUUACCUUUCUACAUAAUACCCCUCAUCUGCUGGAUUUGCAUGUACGUUAAACGAUUUCUCUGAGGCUUUGGUGUUGUGGUUAGUCCACGGUAAUUAGAUUCUAUUAUUAUUAUGAUAUAUUGAUGCCAUAU